AUGGCUGCGACAAACUCCUCUACCGUCACAUCGAGGGCAAAGGGCGAUAGCCCAUCCCCAGCUCCUGCGGCCGAUCAUAACGAUGCCGCCAACAAUAACGAUUUCUUCUGGACAUACACCGAGGAGCCUCAUCGAACCCGUCGUCUUGCAAUCAUCAAGGCGCACCCUGAGAUCACCAAGCUCUGCGGCCCUGAGCCUCUUACAAAAUGGGUCGUCCUCGGCGUCGUCUCCCUCCAGGUCUUUCUCGCAUGGAUGCUCCAGUCGACCCCGUUCUUCUCAUGGAAGUUCUGGGCUGUUGCAUACGUCUUCGGUGCGACUGCCAACCAGAACCUUUUCCUCGCCAUCCACGAGAUCUCCCACAAUCUGGCUUUUAGAAGCCCUCGCCUCAACCGAUUGAUCGCUAUUUUUGCCAAUCUCCCCAUUGGUAUUCCUUACAGCGCUUCGUUCAGACCCUACCAUCUCACUCAUCACAAGUCCCUCGGCGUUGAUGGCCUCGAUACCGAUCUCCCAACCGCUUUCGAAGCCUUUGUUCUCGACUCAAUCCUUGGAAAGGCCUUCUUCUGCACCUUCCAGAUCUUCUUCUACGCCCUGCGACCCAUGGCCGUCUACCGCAUUCCCCUCACCCAGAUUCACGCUCUGAACGUCGUCGUGCAAAUCAGCUUCGAUCUUCUUCUCCUGAAGUACGCCUCCGUCAACUCUUUCCUCUACCUGCUGCUCUCUUCCUUCCUUGCCGGCAGUCUUCACCCUCUAGCCGGCCACUUUAUUGCUGAGCACUACGUUUACGAGACCGUUGCACCUUCUGCUCGUAACCCUGAUAACAACAUUCCCGUCCCCGAGACCUUCUCCUACUACGGACCUCUCAACUGGUUUACAUACAAUGUCGGCCUUCACAACGAGCACCACGACUUUCCCGCUGUGCCCUGGACCCGCCUCCACCGUGUUCGCGACAUUGCACAUGAAUUUUACGAGGACCUUCCUCGCCAUGAGAGCUGGUGCUACGCUAUUUGGCGCUUCAUCUGGGACGAGAAUGUUGGUAUGAACUGCCGGGUCAAGCGUAAGCAGGGUGGCCGUCUCGUCGGAGGUGGUGCUGUUGCCGACUGGAAGCAGUCUGAGAUCGAGGCGAUUUAA